GCACACGGUCAGGCGAGCGCGGCACAGCAGGCGGGACAUGACGGACACCUUGGUGCCCCGGAGCUGCCGGGCGGCGCGGCAAGCGGAGGGCAGCUAUUUCCGAAAGGGAUGUAACCCCUUGGCUGAGACUGGCCGAAGCAAACUGCAAAAUCAAAGAGCUGCCCUAAACCAACAGAUCCUGAAAGCAGUAAGGUUGAGAACUGGUGCUGAAAAUCUUUUACGAGCAACCACCAACAACAAAGUGCGAGAGCAGGCACUUCUUGAACUGAGUUUUGUAAACUCAGAGCUGCAAAUCUUAAAGGAGGAAUUAGAAGGACUUAAUAUAUCAGUGGAAGUUUAUCAGAAUACAGAAGAGACUUUUAGCAUUCCCCUGAUACCACUUGGCCUGAAGGAGACUAAAGAAGGGGACUUAACAAUCCCUCUUAAGGACUUUAUCCUGGAACAUUACAGUGAAGACAGUUCUGACUAUGAAGAUGAAAUAGCUGAUCUUAUGGAUUUGAGACAAGCCUGCCGUACUCCCAGCAGAGAUGAAUCCGGCAUUGAGAUGUUGAUGAGCUAUUUCAUUCAACUUGGCUUUGUAGAGAACAGAUUUUUUCCACCUACCAGACAUAUGGGGAUUUUAUUUACCUGGUAUGAUUCCUUCACAGGUGUCCCUGUCUGUCAGCAGAAUUUGUUACUAGAAAAAGCCAGUAUUUUAUUUAAUAUUGGAGCCCUCUAUACACAGAUUGGUACAAGAUGUAAUCGGCAGACCAAGCCCGGACUUGAAAAUGCUGUUGAUGCUUUUCAGAGAGCUGCAGGUAUUUUAAACUACCUAAAGGAAACAUUUACUCACACACCAAGUUAUGACAUGAGCCCAGCCAUGCUGAGUGUACUGGUCAAAAUGAUGCUUGCUCAAGCUCAAGAGUGUGUCUUUGAGCAGAUCAGCCUACCUGGAAUACGAAAUGAAUUUUUCACACUAGUGAAGAUGGCUCAGGAAGUUGCUAAGGUUGGAGAGGUUUACACGCUUGUUAACACUGCAAUGAAUCAGGCACCAGUCAAGGCGAAUGUCCCUUAUACCUGGUCAAAUAUGGCAAAAAUAAAAUCAGACCAUUACAAAGCUCUGGCACAUUACUUCGUUGCUACUCUACUGAGUGACCACCAGUUGCAUCCCAGCGAUGAUGAAGACAAACAGGAAAAGGCCUGGUCCCAGCUGCAUGACUACAUGCCAGAAGGACUGACGUCCCUAACCAUUUUAAGAGAUAAAGUUCAGCGAAAACGAUUAGGGAAAGCACAUUUACGCAAAGCCAUUGUUUAUCAUGAAGAAGCACUGCGGGUCUGUGGUUUGUGCAAAAAGCUUCGGGAUAUUGACAUUCUUCAGGAGAUUCUGUCAGUUGCUCACAAGCGUUCACUUACUAAGUAUGCUCAGCAUGAACAGGAAGAUGACUUCCUGAGUUUAAUGGAAGCUUCCGCUGUCCUUCCUAAAACAGAGCAUAAAGUAGAAAUGAUUGUUCCGCAGUUCUCCAAGGUGAAAGUGAAAGACUUCUUUGAGAGGCUGGGCCCAUUGCCUGUGUUUUCAGCCAAGCAGAGAUGGACAGGCCCACGCACUAUUAAUUUCCAUUAUCAAGAAAGGGGAUUGGGAUUCACUCUUAAAGGAGGCCCACCCGUGCAAGUUCACUGUCUCGAUCCAGAGUGUUCUGCAGCAUUAAAGGGUCUGAAAGAAGGAGACUAUAUUGUUUCAAUUAAUGGCCUGGAUUCCAAAUGGCUGGGAGUGAAUGACAUCUUGGAAAAGUUCAAAAGCAUGGGAGAGAACGACAUUGAGAUGAAGGUUAUUAGCUGUCAGGAUACGAUGACUUCUGUGCAUAAUAAGAGUGCCACUUACUCUGUGGGAAUGCAAAAGACAUACUCCUUGAUCUGCUUAGCCAUGGAAGAGGAUAAAAUCAACGAGACCAAGAAAGCCACUCCAAAACUGUCCUUUCUAAGUUGGGGAACCAAAAAUAGGCAGAAGGCUGCAAGCACCCUGUGCCUUCCCUAUGCUGUAGCUGGAAGUUCUGAGACUAAGAAGAAACUUGAUUCUCGCUUGACAGUCCUGAACAUUGACAGUUCAUUGUACUGAGUCUUUAAAGAGAAGAAUCUGUUUAAUGUGAAACUAUUUCUAAAUGUAGAAGAAUCUUUGUGGAUGUGCCAGAAACGUGAAACACAUAAGGAAGGGGCUCGAUACUAAUCUUUUAUACCUGUGUAAAAAGACUAACUCCACUGACAUGAAGUAGUUACUAUGCAUUUACACCAAUGUAGCUGGAGGCCAAACGGUGCAAAACUGUAACUUUGAAAACUAAUUGC